ACGCUCCUCGGGAUCUUUGUUUACAUUCGUCCAUCCAUGCGAGUUGUGCUGUGACGUUGUCACAACCUCAGAAGACGGACGACAUCGUCACUUCAGGCUUCUGCGCUUCAAAGGGGGACAACCUUGUGGAUUUGAGCGUCCUCCCAACAAUUCCUCUUUCGAGCUUCCAAACCGGUUGCCACCAUUUCACCUCCAAACAUGUACAGCUCCAGCUAUUCCCGGGCCAAGUUUGGCCUGGAGGCGAGGGAGCCUUUGCACAAGCCCAAAGGCAAGAGCUGUGGCUACUAUUUGAGGAUCGUAUUCUUCUUCUCCUCACUUAUCCAGUCCCUCAUCAUCGUCAGCCUUGUGCUCUUCCUCAUCUACGGGCAACCGGAGAAGUCAGCUGAGGAGAUGAGAGUCAAGGAGCUGGAGCUCGGCUUCAACAGACUGAGUGAGAACAACAUACAGCUGAGGAGGGAGAAAGGCGAGCUGGGAGCUCAACUUGGGGCACGCACGGCUGAGAAAGAUGCUCUUGUGAAGCAGCUGGAGCAGCUCAUGACUUAUACCAACGCGACCAAGUUUGACCUCAUGAAUAAAUUAGCCAACUGUGAGAGGCAGAUGAUGACAACGCAAAGCAUGCUUAUGCGAUGUUCCAACCCCCGAAUACAGCAGCAACCUGUUGUGGUCGCUCCAAGCAAUGAGCUCAAAACUUUACAGAGCCUCAACGCGCAGCAGAAAGCAAUGAUUGAACUCAUCGAAGCCAACUUCAGCCACACGGUCCACUAUCUGAGUCAGGAGAGGGACAAUGCCCUCAAGGACAGAGACGUCCACCACCAGGAUGGCAUCGCUCUCCGCAGAGAAAACACCAUGCUGAAGGAGCAGCUUGCCGCCUACACCAGGAAAUGUAAAGAGGACUUUGCUCAUUCUUUGAAUGGAAUCCAAUCGGUGACCAGGGAAUUUCUCACCAAAAUCAACAACCUGUUCCCCCACCAGCUGACCUUUCACCUCACCUGUGAGAGUCAGCAGGAGGAACUGGAGACGAUAAGAAACAGCUGCACCAGCCUUUCCAAGGAUGUGGAGAACAAGUUUCAGCUGUAUUUGGACAACGUGGGCAACAAGGUGGCUCAGAUUCAAGUCAAGUCGAGCCGACUGGAGGUGGAAAACUCGCACUUUAGCGCCGACUUGCAGAGAUGUGAACAGAACCGCAACGAGACACUCGCCGAGGCCAGCAGGCAGCUACAACUCAAGCAGAAGACUCAUGACGAGAAGAUGGAGAAACUGCUGAUUGAGCAGAACCGGCUAAGAGAACAGAAACAAUUGCAAGCGGAUACCUUGGCCCUGAGAGAAAAGGAGCUGCAGACCCUGAGGGCAUUGCCCAGUUGCAAGGUAAGAUGAACUGCUGUGUGUGGAAGACGCACCAUCAGUGUAAAAAAGCCAUUCGUCAUAAGAUAUAUCAAGACGCCGCAAACAAGUCUCAGAACAGUCUGUAAAUAUCCUGAUUCGUCAUGCACUCAUGAUUGCUUCUGACUUCGAAAAACGUGUAAUAAAUGUGUGUUUAUCCUGACAGUCAAGGUCAUGCAAAGCACGUGAUAAUGACACUGGUGUAAAUAUUGCUUGUGGGUGGAACUCACUUUGUAGAGAAACAAAUGUUUCUUUUUUGUCAGUUGAAUAAAUUAAAUGAACCAUCAAAA